AUGGUGGGAAAAGUGUGUUUAACUUUUUUAUUUGUGACGAUCCUGGCGGCGGUGUUGGAUGGCCAGACAUUGGGAGGGCCCAUGCAUGGUAAAGUCGUGGUCUGCUAUGUAGCCACCUGGGCUGUUUAUAGGCCAGGCGCCGGAAAGUUCGAGCAAAGUGACCUAGAACCAUCGCUCUGUACUCACCUCGUAUAUUCUUUCGCUGGGCUUAACGAGAACACAAACAGCAUCAAGAGCUUAGACCCAUGGCAGGACCUCGAAGACAACUAUGGAAGAGCAGGGUACAAACGGAUGGUGGCACUCAAGGAGAGAUACCCACACCUAAAAGUGACUUUAGCUAUCGGAGGCUGGAACGAAGGUUCUAUAAAAUAUUCCAAGAUGGCCGCUUCAGCGGAGACAAGGUCGAAAUUUGUGCAGAGUGUUUUAUUCUUUUUGGAUAAAUAUAACUUCGAUGGCUUGGACCUUGAUUGGGAGUAUCCGGCGAAGAGGGACGGAAGACCAGAAGAUAAAGCCAACUACGUUUCAUUGGUUAAGGAUCUAAAAGAGGCUUUCGAGCCAAAAGGCUACAUCCUAACAGCGGCUCUUGGUGCUGGAAAGGAAACCAUGGACGCAGCAUACGACUUGUCCAAGCUGAGUCGUUAUCUGGACUUCAUCCACAUGAUGUGUUACGACUACCAUGGGACAUGGGACGGAGUGGUAGGGGCCAAUGCACCGCUCAGGGGAACAAAUGACCAAGACUUCCUCAGUUUGGAAUACACAAUCAAGUACAUGCUUUCUCAUGGCGUAAGCCCAUACAAGAUGGUGUUGGGGCUUCCGAUGUACGGCCGCAACUUCAUCCUGGAGAACCCUGGGGUCAAGAAGAUACUCUUUGGUGUGACGACUGCUAAAAGCCAAGGUUUCGCUGGGCCGUUCACGAAGGAAGCCGGUUUUAUGGGAUAUAAUGAAAUAUGUUCGGAGACCACGAAUACAUCCUCCGGUUGGACUCAGCACUGGCACGAGCAAACCGCAACGCCAUAUUUGCGGGAUGGUGGACGCGUCGUAACUUACGACAACGCGAGAUCAAUUGCUAUAAAAGUGAAACUAGCCAUAGACUACGGCCUCGGAGGUUUGAUGGUGUGGAGUAUAGACACGGAUGACUUCCGCGGAGCCUGUGACAGCGAGAAAGAUGCCUACGUUGAUUUCGUCGAGAGAUAUAACAAAAUCGUAGAUGAACCUAUACUGCAGGACGCUUUGAAGACCCUCAACUUACCUGAUGCCAAUCGCAUAGAAAACCUAAGCAGACGUACAGCAUACGUCGUGUCGAACGGUCGCUUACACCUCCGGCUACCAGAAGAACAAUACUCCAACUACAAUCUCAUGAGGACCAUAAAUGAGGCGACUUUAAUCGCUUUAGAAGAAAAGAGAAUCCUGGACGAAAUAACAUUAGUGACGAAGAAGAAUGAAAUUAAAGACGACGACGCGCCUGUUAAAUUAAAGGACUACCUGAUAGCUACUCUCACCAGCUUACUCUCACCUGACAGCCGCUCUGCACAUCAGCAUAAUAACCUCUGGAGCGAGCUGCACAGCUAA